AUGUUCUCAAGACUGUCAUCAGCAUCUGUGUAUGCGACACUACUUCUUAGCGUUGCUUUAGAAGUGACCGCAUCACAACCUUCUCUUCAAGACCUAGACACUAGAGAUCAAGGCACCUGGACAAAUGCUUAUUGCUUACCUUCUCAACCUCAAGACCUAUCUGCCGCAGCAGUCGCUACAUGUCCCUCAUGGGCGCCUAUAGCGUGUACCGCCAUCAGCGAACCCGGCUAUUGUUGCAAUCCAUCCACCUACUGCGCCCGCGCCUCCGACAACUCCAUCGGUUGCUGUCCCUGGGGUCAGACUUGCAGCCCUGUUGUCGCUGGAGGAGCAGCAGCAGCAGCAGCAGCAGCAGCACAACCUCAACAACAUUCCACGACUUGGAAUCAACAGCCUACGACUCAGACUUCUACGGUUUACACGACACAAACGCAUCCCUAUGCAGUAGCGGCAGCACCUGAAGUCACUACUGUCUAUGCUGGAUCCUAUGGUCAAGGGAAUCAAGGGUGGGGUCAAGGAUCGGGUCAAGGGCAGUGGCAGGGAGGGGGUGCAGGACAACAGGGACAAGAAGGUCAAGGCGGAGGUGGAGGACAACAGUAUUGCUCAACUCUAUAUGCGCACGGGCCGAAUCUGCCUACCACCGAAGCGGGCACUUGCGGUACGAUAUUGAUCCUCAAUGCUGCGAUUAGAGGGACCGAGGUGGGGAGGUGGAAGGUCUUGUGUAUCUGGCUGAUAGGCACGGUGGUAGUAGGAGUGUAA